AUGCAGAACCUCCAUAUCCGCGUCCCUAGGACGGCAGUGGUCACCGCCACCUCCAGGCCGGUGGACAGGGCUGCAGGCGAUGACGAAGCGGAGGUGACACCGGCUGAGGGGGGCGGGGAGGAGGCUCCGGGCCCUUCUCCAGUGUCGUCCCCUCUGGAGGGCGCAGAGGGUGAGGAGCUGUACUCUGAUCUUGGUGCUCGCAGGUGGUGGGCAGUGGUGGUGCUGGCUGCGCUGCCCUCCCUGGGGGUAGGUGGGGAGAAGAACCCCGAAGCCCCUCCGGAGUCGUGGACACAGCUCUGGUUCUUCCGCUUUUUGGUGAACGCGGCUGGCUAUGCAAGCUUUAUGGUACCUGGCUACCUGCUGGUGCAGUACUUCAGGCGGAAGAAUUACCUGGAAACAGGUGUGGGUCUUUGCUUCCCCCUGGUGAAAACGUGUGUGUUUGGCAAUGAGCCCAAGGCCCCGGAUGAGGUUCCCCUGGCUGCCCGGGCAGAGCCAGUGGAGACCAGUCCCACUUGGCAGGCCCUGAAGCUGCUGUUCUGUGCCUCGGGGCUCCAGGUGUCUUAUCUGACGUGGGGAGUGCUGCAGGAAAGAGUGAUGACCCGCAGCUAUGGGGCCACAGCCACAUCGCCAGGCGAGCGCUUCUCCGACUCUCAGUUCCUGGUGCUCAUGAACCGAAUCCUGGCCCUGAUGGUGGCUGGCGUCUACUGCAUCUUAUGCAAGCAGCCCCGGCAUGGAGCACCCAUGUACCGGUACUCCUUUGCCAGCCUGUCGAAUGUGCUUAGCAGCUGGUGCCAGUACGAAGCUCUCAAGUUCGUCAGCUUCCCGACCCAGGUGCUGGCCAAGGCCUCCAAGGUGAUCCCCGUUAUGCUGAUGGGAAAACUGGUGUCUCGGCGCAGCUAUGAGCACUGGGAAUAUCUGACGGCUGGCCUCAUCUCCAUCGGGGUCAGCAUGUUCCUGCUGUCCAGCGGACCAGAGCCCCACAGCUCGCCGGCCACCACGCUCUCAGGCCUCAUCCUGUUGGCAGGCUACAUUGCCUUCGACAGCUUCACCUCCAACUGGCAGGACGCCCUGUUCGCCUAUAAGAUGUCAUCGGUGCAGAUGAUGUUUGGGGUCAACCUCUUCUCCUGCCUCUUCACGGUGGGCUCCCUGCUAGAGCAGGGGGCCCUCCUGGAGGGCAUCCGCUUCAUGGGGCGACACAGCGAGUUUGCAGCGCACACCCUGCUGCUGUCCAUCUGCUCUGCGUGUGGCCAGCUCUUCAUUUUCUACACCAUUGGGCAGUUUGGGGCUGCCGUCUUCACCAUCAUCAUGACCCUCCGCCAGGCCUUUGCCAUCCUCCUUUCGUGCCUCCUCUACGGCCACACUGUCACUGUGGUGGGGGGCCUGGGAGUGGCUGUGGUCUUUGCUGCCCUCCUGCUCCGGGUCUAUGCCCGGGGCCGUCUAAAGCAGCGGGGAAAGAAGGCCAUGCCAGUCGAGUCAUCUGUACAGAAGGUUUAA